AUGAACGCCUACGAAAAUGCCAAGCUUUAUAAGGAGCGAACAAAGAAAUGGCAUGAUGACCGCAUAAGCAACCGGGCAUUCUUCGAGGGUCAACAGGUACUUUUGUUUAACGCGCAUUUGCGAUUGUUUCUAGGGAAGUUGAAGUCCCGCUGGUCUGGGCCAUUCCGCAUCAACAAGACUAUCUUUCCUUAUGGCACAGUGAAGCUAACAACUGAAGACGGGAGCAACACAUUCAAAGUCAAUGGUCAACGAAUUAAGCCCUACUUUGAGGGUGAUGUGGAUCGACGCAUGGAGACCAUUGACUUAGGCAAGCAGGAUCGACUGCUUGCAGGGAUACUAUUGCGGUAA